AGCAUACUAAGUCUUAAAGACACGACGCGUUGUGUUAAGACGGCUGCAGCUGUUUAUAAGCUCUAGAUUUUCAAGCUGGUGAAAGAAUGAGCGGUGUUCAGCGGGUUGAUGACCCCACGCUGCCUGCGCCAUGGCAAGCUCUUUUUGACCCGGCCAGUAGAUUAAAGUAUUACUGGAACCCAACGACAAAUGUCACUACAUAUGAUCGUCCAGGAGGCGGCGCUUCUGCAGCGCCUGCGGCGCCAUCAUCAGGCGGCGACUAUUACACCAACAGGGAUCGGCGGGAGGAUUACGGCUCUGGCGCGAAUGGCAAUGGUUACACGUCUACCUCGUACCAGAAGACGGGCAUGAAUGGCCAGCCAGUUUCAACCGAAGGCUUUGUAUCGCCUUCUGAGUAUCGCCGCCAACACGACAUCUCCGUGCAGGGCGACCAUGUGCCUGACCCGUUGCAGACAUUCGAGUCUGUGGGUUUUCCUCCCGACAUUUUGGAUGAGAUUCGGCGUGCUGGGUUCAAAUAUCCUACGCCAAUUCAAGCCCAAGCCUGGCCCAUCGCUCUGUCGGGCCGCGACCUCGUGGCCAUUGCGAAGACUGGCUCGGGCAAGACGUGCGGUUUCCUCCUUCCGGGCAUGCUCCACAUCCAGCAAACCCGGAAGGAUCCGCGAUCGGGGCCCACGCUGCUUGUGCUUGCACCGACACGCGAACUGGCAGUUCAAAUUAAGACGGAGGCUGACAAGUUUGGCCGCUCCUCUGGCAUCCGGAACACCUGCGUCUAUGGUGGUGCUCCGAAGGGGCCGCAGCUGCGCGACAUCCAGCACGGUGUGCAGAUUGUUAUCGCGACACCGGGUCGGCUGAACGAUUUCCUGGAGGCGGGCCAAGUCCGUCUGCAGCAGGUGUCGUAUCUUGUGUUGGACGAGGCAGAUCGUAUGCUGGACAUGGGCUUUGAGCCCCAGAUUCAGAGGAUUGUUCGGACCUUGCCCCGCCAGCGCCAGACGCUGUUUUUCUCAGCUACGUGGCCGCGCGAGGUCAAGCACAUUGCUGCGCAGUUUGUCGUCAACCAGACGGUUCACGUGUUCAUCGGUGGUGUGGAGGAGAAGCUGGUGGCUAACAAAUCCAUUACGCAGCACGUGUUGGUGCUAAACAGUUCUCAUGAAAAGUUUGGGGAACUUUCGCGCAUUAUCAGGUCGAAGCCGGCAGGAACCCGGAUCAUCAUUUUCUGCACCACCAAGCGCAUGUGCGACCAGUUGUCAUACCAGAUGUCCCGCGAGUUCCGCGCGGCGGCUAUCCAUGGCGACAAGAAGCAAUCCGAGCGCGACUACGUCCUACAGGCCUUCAAGGAUGGCCGCACGCCGAUCCUGGUUGCCACGGAUGUUGCGGCGCGUGGACUGGACAUUCCGAACGUGGCCGCGGUUGUCAAUUUCGACUUCCCCACGGGCACUGAGGAUUACAUUCAUCGUAUCGGCCGCACCGGCCGUGCGGGUGCUACCGGCGAGGCCUUCACGUUCAUGACGGGUGAGGACGCCAAGCACGCGCGCGACCUUAUCCAGGUCAUGCGUGAGGCCCAACAGACCGUGCCACCUCAACUUGAGCAGCUAGCCAUGCGGGGCGGGUUUGGCGGCGGCGGUCGCAACCGGUGGGCCAGCGGGCCGAGCCACGGCGGCGGUGGAUUUGGCGGCGGGGGUGGCUAUGGUGGCGGCUUCGGGGGCGGGGGUGGUUAUGGCGGCGGAGGCGGUUACAGCGGGGGUCAUUCCUCUGCACCUUACGGCACUCAGGGGACGGUGGGAGCAGCGGUUGGGGCAGCGCCGUCGUACGGUGGCCGGGACGAUCGUGACCGACGGCGGAGCCGGAGCAGGAGCCGGGACCGCAGCCGGCGUCGGUCGCGGAGCCGGAGCCGGUCGCGGGACCGGGCUGACAGGGGUCGGGGCAGCCCGUCUUAUGGCCGGUACAGCCCGCGCUGAUGAAGUGCGUGCAAUGUCUGCAGUGCUUCUGUAGGAGCGCCACCGUGCUUAAGUCUAUUUUGAGAUGUGUUUUAAUGUGUUCGCAAGUUCUUGAGGGGUUAACCUUUGAGUGUUGAACCAAUUGUGUAUGCGUGUGGAUGAGUGUGUUUGGAGCGAUAGCUGGAUGGAUGGGCGGAGUGCGUUUGGCUAACAUGCGGUGCAAUUUGCAGCUUCUAUCUACUAUUCAACCUUGGGGUGCGCAUUGGCCCCAGCCACCUGUUUGAAGACAUUGUCAGACCGGCUGCUGCUAGGUCAUCAAAUUCGAGCCGUGUUUAGUCACGUGUGUGCGCUCCUUGUCUGUUCUGGUUCGUUCAUCCUAUGCGCUGCGAGCGCGAAUGACGACAUAUCUUUUGCAAAACUUUGUUCAGUGACGAGCCUUUACCGAACGCGUGACUUGAGGGUGUUGUGGAUUCGAUAGCAGAUGAGGGACCUAUGACUGUUACCUUACGACAGGACGAGAACUGGUUGCAUGGACUGGGAGGGUGACAUCAUGCCGUUGGUACAGGCUGUUACCUAAGCGACCGAGCAGCAUUUAUCCUAGCCGCAGCUGGAUUGCUCCAAGUCAAUUGUAAAAGGGUUGCUCU